AUGUACCUCGGCGCCUCAGCCGAGCGAAAGCUUAAAAGAGCCAAGGCGCCCGCUACUUAUCAGAACGGACAAAACGAGUACAAACAUGACGGCCCCUCCUUCUGGGGCGCAUUAAGCUUCGGCCCCAGUGGGCCCGGGGGGCUAAUUGCCAGUCUUUCAGCGCUGUAUCUUUUCUGUCAAUUCCGUCUGUAUGUGAUCAAGGCAGUCAUGGCACAGCUGACUCUUCUUACCGCCGACUGCCGUGUGGGCAUGUUUUCCACCUGCCAUGCAUUGAUCAAUGGCUCCGAUCUCAUGAUGCUAGCUGCCCCCUUUGCCGCCGCACAUUCUAUCAUUUAA